UCCUGCCCGUGUAACCCUGCGAUACACGUGGUGCCUCAAUGGGGAGGAGAUUUCAAGCUGAAAGUACAGAAGCAACUGGGGGUCUCAGAAAUCAGUUAUUGGUCAGAAUGAGUCAGCUGAGCUGACGAGUGGAGGGAGGGGUCCGUAUCUAAAGAAUGUGCUCUGAGUCUGUCCUGUGUGUCUCCCACCUUAGCCUCUUGUCUGAGAUAUCAUGUGACUCCCCAAAGCCUUCCGUAAUGGGGCCGGGGUCCCCCAAUAUCCCACCAGGGGGAAAUAAAUAAGGAACAGCACCGCGUGAUCCCAGGAACUGAGAGGGUUAACUCACAGGAGUCCAAAGUGCUGUUUGUCUCUGGGGAAAGAGAACUUUGUAUUUCGUUUCUUGUUCAGUUCCCGUUCUGCUCUCAGCGAUGGCGGCUGCUGAUCUGAGAGACGAGCUGAGCUGCUCCAUCUGCCUGAGCAUUUAUACUGAUCCGGUAAUGCUGCCCUGUGGCCAUAACUUCUGCCGGGGCUGCGUUGGCAGUGUGAUGGAUGCCCAGGAGGGAUUGGGGGCUUAUUCCUGCCCUGAAUGCAGAGCCGAGUAUCAGGAGCGCCCCGCCCUGCCCAGGAACAGAACUCUGGGGAACAUAGCAGCGCGGUUCUGUCCGACUGAGCCGGAGCCGGGGGAGACUGGGAUUCCCUGCACUUACUGUGUCCUCUCCCCUGUACCCGCUGUUAUAUCCUGUCUGCACUGUGAGGCUUCUCUGUGUGAUACCCACCUGCGGGGGCACAGCCAGUCGGCAGAACAUGUACUCACUGAGCCCACCGCUUCCUUUAUUGGGAGAAAAUGUUCUGUACAUCACAAGGUUCUGGAGUAUCACUGCUGUGAGGAUUCUGCCUGUAUCUGUGUGUCCUGCUGCCUGGCCGGGGGGCACCGGGGCCACAGGGUGGAGCUGCUGAGUGAGGCCUCUGAGAAGAAGAAAGAGAAACUGAGGAAAGUUCUGGAGAAACUGAGCCCAGAGAGAGAGGAGACUGAGAGAGGAGCCCAGAGGCUGCAGGAGCGCAAGAGAGAAGGGGCAGAAGUGGCAGCCGGUGAGACAGAGAGAGUCACUGCCCUGUUUAGGGGCAUCAGGGAAGAGCUGGAAGCCCUAGAGAAGCGACUCCUGAGUGACAUCUCCAGGCAGAAAGAGGAGCUCUCACUCACACUCACUGAGCUGAUCCAACAGCUGGAAAUAAAGAAGGACGAGCUGUCCAGGAAGAUCCGGCACAUUGAGGAGCUGUGCAACAUGGCAGAUCCACUCACUGUCCUACAGGAACAAUGGGAAUCCCAUGGAGCUGCCUUUUGUGGGGCUUUGGUGGCAGAUACUGAGGGCAGAGAGAGAGAGGGUAUAAAGGUCCCGGCUGUAGGGGAUCUGGAUGUGGGUCGGAUCUCAGAGACAUUACUCACAGGCUUAGCUGGGAUUCUGACUGGGGUAAAGGGAAGGAUCUAUGGGCAGGAGGCUACAGACCUGGUACUGGCUAUAAACACGGCUCAUAAUCGUGUAUCUGUAUCAGGGGACAGGAAAUCUGCUUCCUACUCACCAACAAACCAACAUUACCCACAAUCCCCAGAGAGAUUUCAGCUUUAUGCUCAGGCUUUAAGCAGCAGGAGUUUCCCCUCAGGGCGACAUUACUGGGAAGUGGAGGUCAGUGAAUCAGGGAACUGGGGGAUAGGGGCGGCCUAUCCCAGUAUAGAGAGGGGAGGGGGGCAGUCUGGUAUUGGGAAUAAUAACAAGUCCUGGGGUUUGUACAGAGGGAAUAUUAAUUACAGAUAUUCAGUGAGACAUGACAGUAAAUGGACACAUUUGCCCCACACCCCUUCCUGCAGGAGAAUCAGGAUCUGGUUGGACUAUGAGGCCGGACGCCUGUCCUUUUAUGAGCUGAGUGAGCCAAUCAGGCACUUACACACCUUCACUGCCUCCUUCACUGAGCCCCUUCAUGCUGCAUUCAGGGUAUGGGGGGAUGUAGGUGCCUGGAUGAGAAUCAUUCGCUAGUAGGAUACAGUAGAACAGUUUCUAUAGGACAGAAUAAGGUGCAGUCAGUAAAGCCCAGCUAAUGGCACCCCCUCAGCUCCCUGGCUGCCCUAUUUUAUAUCAGUGCUUACCAAAUUGUUACAUGUAUUAGAAUUAUGUCACUCAAACUGCCUCUCCUCAGUGCAGUGAAGGGGCCCCAUUCCCCAAGCACAGAUAGAAGCUACAUUGGGAGAUGGAGGGCCCCUACCCUGUGGGUACAUCAGUGGGAAGCUUUCUGGGAUAGCGCUAGGAAUGGUGUUAUCUGUGUGAGACAGAAAGGGAGUAAAUACAACACAAUACUUUAUUGGUAUUAUACCCCAGGGAAGCUUAGUGAAUUAUCCCUAGUGAUGAGCGAAUGUGUCUCGUUUCAGUUUGCCAAAAAAUUUGCAAAACCAGGUGAAAAAUUUUGCUCAACAAUAAUUGCAUCCAGAUACAACCACUAUGUGCUGUAGAGAAUGUGGACAAGAGUCCACAAGGGAUAGUGCUGCUUGAACAGAGGUUCAAUUGUCCCCACUGCUCCCAGUGCUGUUUAGCCCUCCUGGCUGCUUCAGGCAUUGCAUUUCCAAUUGGUUGGUAUGGGGAGCAGUGACGGGAAGGCUAUUCCCCACCAGAGAGCAAUAGAAGCCAAACAUCUCAUAUGGGAGAAGAUAGGAAUGAUUAUAAAAAGCUCUCCCCAAUGUUCCUGUGUCUCAUCUUGUUGUUCCCCUGAGCUAAUUCUAUAUGAAGUAUAGAGACAACUGCCCCACAAACACAGGUCCCAUUCAGAUUAUUAUCCCACCAAGUCAUUGGAGAAACAAACCCUUUGGUGAUUGGUAGAUCUGAGUGGGAAUAAAAUAUCCUGUGUAUUUCUGAUUUACUCUGUGUUACAGUUCUGUGUAUGAGAAGGAAGCACAGUUGGGGAGUCCCUUAUUUAUACAGGGUCUGAUCAUCAGUUUGAGGGGGUUUAAUUCGCCUGUGGCCUUCUCCUCCCUUAGAAAGAUGAAUUUGCCUUUAAAUAUCAUAAUACAUACAUGAAGUAUCAGAAAAAUGUCCCAGCAGGAAAACAAUCCGCCCCACCCUGAUUAUUGUCCCACAGAUAAACACAGAUCCCCGGGGGGCUGAAUGGGGAAUAUACGGAUGGGCUGAAACUGUUAUUUGAAUAUCCUAGGGCUACUACUAUUGG